UAUAGGUUAGGUUUCUGACGCGAGGAUUUUUAGGUUAUGUACUCGGUUUGUUUAUGUUUUUAAUUGUCAAUUGUAUGAGUGAGUGCCUUAAAUUAUAUGCUAAUUUAUGUAUAAACUAAAAGUGCCACUUUAAAUUAAAAUGGAUAUAGUGAGGAAAAGUUAUGGGGCAAAGGUUAUUUUAGCUAGUGUAAGUUCAAGCAGUUCAUCCGAAGACAUCACUAAACCGAAAGGGGAGAGCUCUAGCAGCAGCGAAGGCUUGGGCACUGAAGAUAACUAUAAUAUUGAAACAGGCAGUUCAGACACAGAAGAAAACUUAGGGCGGGUCUUAUCGAAAAGACCCCUUAGUCCUGCCCUAUCAACUGCAUUAAAAAAAAAACCGAAAUUAUUUGAGGGUUCAAAAAAAAACGCCACUUUGAAUAAACUCGACUUGUCUGAUAGUAUAUCACCGUUGAACAGUUCCUAUGAUGCGUUUGCCACAUUUUUAAAUAAGGCCGCUGAUGAUACCGAGUUUAAAUGUCCUCCCACUCCUACCAAACAUGAGGAUGAUGAUGAUGAUUUAUUCUCUCAGUCUUUUAAUACUCAAAUAAUCAAUCAGAUAGAUGUGGCGAUCACCCACGAGGAGAGCACCUCCUUGACCGAUAGCGAGACCCUAACAAAUGACUCCUAUAAAUCUGAUAAAGUGAAAAGAGUUGAUGAUUUUAAAAUGCCCAUCCUCAAGUCGUUCACUGCAAAAAUAGCCUCGCUUAAAGUGAAAAAGGACAAGAGUGCCCUGUUUGUCGACAAGGAUGUCACCGCACUCUACAAGAAGGAGGUGGACGAUUUGUUCGAGAAGAUUCAGAGGUCGAUUCGUGAGUUGGGCACGGAAAAGCACGAGAACACAUUAAACGAUAAAAUGCUCGAGGUGUUCUUCGCCGAAGACUUCAACACUCAACCUCAAGACCUCAAUGAUCGAACCAUACAAGAGCAAUUGAACAAAACCAAAGAGGAAAUCGAGGAUUUGAGUUUCUUCGCUAAGGCGAAUUGCAGCUUCGGAAGCUUCAUCAGGCAGGCCCUGAUGAGUAAUGCGAGUAAAAGUGUUUGUGUCUCGCAAGCCGAAACGGUUAAUGCGGAUUUUACGUUGAACAGGACCCUGCCGGUGGACCCCGGUUUUGAGAAAUUAGGGGAUUUCUAUGAUAUGCCCCUGAGGGUUAAGGAGUUAAUUAAACAGCAUAAGGGGAUUGAGAGUUUGUAUGAUUGGCAACGGGAGUGUCUGAACAUGGCAAUGACCAACAGACCGAACCUGAUCUACGCCCUACCGACCAGCGGGGGUAAAACCCUCGUGGCCGAAAUACUGAUGCUACGCGAGCUCCUUUGUUACAAAAGAAACGCCCUGUUCGUCCUCCCUUACGUGUCUAUCGUACAGGAAAAGGUGUGGGAUUUCUCCCCAUUUGGGGUGGCCCUGGACUUCUUGGUGGAGGAGUACGCUUCCAGCAAAGGGAGCUACCCCCCCAAAAAGAGACGUAGGAAACGUUCGGUUUAUAUUGCCACCAUCGAGAAGGCUCUGGGGCUGAUUAACAGCUUAAUAGAACUAGGGAGGUUGAACGAAAUUGGCCUAAUUGUUAUCGAUGAGUUGCACCUGAUUGGCGAGGAGGGUCGGGGGGCCACCCUGGAGGCCCUACUUACCAAGAUCAUGUUUUUGAAUGGGCGUAUCCAGUUGGUCGGCAUGAGUGCAACUAUCGGCAACAUCAAAGAUUUGGCGCGAUUUUUGAACGCCGACGUUUACACCAAAAACUUUAGACCGGUGGAGUUGGUCGAGUACGUCAAGUGCGAAAAAGAGAUCGCGCGAGUCAACUGGGGGUGCGCGAGCGAGGAGGAUUUACUCACGGACGUGAAACGGUUGGAUUAUAAGUACUCCGAAGCGGUUUCUAAAGUGGAUCCGGACAUGUUGGGCGGGCUGGUCCUCCAAGUGAUCCCGAAAGGUUCCUGUCUCGUCUUUUGUCCUUCGAAAAACAAUUGCGAAAACGUCGUGCACCUGUUGUGUAAACUCACCAAGCCGCAUCUGAGGGAGUACAAGAAGGGGGAGAAGGACGCCCUGAUGGUGGCCCUCGGGGCCGAAACCGGUGAACUGUGUCACACGUUAAAGGUUUCGGUGCCUUUUGGGAUCGCUUAUCAUCACUCCGGUUUGACGGGGGAGGAACGGCGUCUGCUCGAAGACGCAUUUAGGGCUGGAGUUAUAUCUGUGAUAUGUUGCACCUCCACCUUGGCCGCGGGGGUAAACUUACCCGCUAAAAGGGUCAUCCUACGAUCGCCGUACAUCGGGAAAGAGUUCAUCAGUUUGGCGCGUUACAAACAGAUGGCGGGACGGGCGGGUCGCGCCGGUUACGGCGAAAUCGGCGAAAGCAUCAUAGUCACCUCGAAAUCGGACCUGCCUAAAGUGAAACGGUUGCUUAUGGGUCCCAUGAAUCGGGCCUUUUCCAGUUUACACCAGUGCGAGGGCGCCGGCUUGAGACAUUUGCUGUUAAGCUGCAUCGGUUUGGGCAUAGCGAACACCAGAUCGGACCUGCAAAAAGUCACGCGUGCCUCCCUAAUGUCCGUCCAAACGGACCAAUUGGAGGUGGACAUUAAGAAACUAACCGACGUUGCCAUAAAGAAACUCUUCAAACUGGGGGCUUUACAGGAGAGUAGCGAAAAGGGGCGGCAAAACUCUCAACGCGACGUUUCGGUCAGGUUGCGUUCAUCUUCCGGGUCAGAGUUGGAUGCCUCCUUGGACACCAUUUGCUCUAAUACCACUCAGAAGAAGAAGCGGGUUCUGAUGCUUACCAAUGCCAGUAAACUGGUGGUAAGCAGCUUGGGUACGGCGGCAAUUAAAGGUGGAUUGGACUUGUUACGUGCCCACGAACUCUACGACGACCUCUAUCAAGCUCAGAAGAGUUUAGUGCUGUUGAACUGUCUGCAUUUGCUCUAUCUGGUGACCCCCUAUGAGACCGCCGAGCAAAUCAAGCCGAACAUUCACGUGUAUUAUGAUGUGCUGACCCACUUGAACGAAAAGGAGCUGCAGACCGCCCGCGUCUUGGGUUUCGACGAGGGCGUGGUCGUCAAAAUGGCCACCGGUAAAGUCUCCAAGCAAAUCUCCGAAAAGGUCCUGAACCGUUUCUAUGUCACCCUGAUGUUGUACGACCUGUGGAACGAAACGCCGGUCUUUAAGGUCUCCGAAAAGUAUCAGAUCAACAGGGGGAUAGUGCAGAACCUGAUGACCUCCUCUGCGACGUUCGCCUCCAACGUUGUCAACUUUUGCGAGCAAUUAGACGAGUUUUGGGCCUUCGGUCAUCUGCUCAAGGGGAUGAGUCAAAGGUUGUCGCACUGUUGCAUCAAAGAGUUGGCCCCCUUGAUGGAACUGCCGGCUGUCAAACAGAGUCGCGCCAAACAAUUGUACGCCGCUGGUUACAAGCAAAUCCAGAGUAUCGCGAAGGCGAACGUUAACGAACUGGUCGAGAAGGUCGAGUAUAUGUCCAGGAGAACUGCUGGGCAGUUAAUUGCAGCGGCAAAGAUGAUUUUACUGGAAAAGGUGGAGAACCUUAGGGAGGAGGCGGAGGACGUCCUGGAAGGGGCGGACAUGUCCAGAACCCGUCAAUCAAGUUAAGUAUUUAAUUUAUUUUAAUUAAUUAAUUAAUUAAAUAAGGAGCCUUUGUACUAUU